UAUAAUUCAUUCAUUUCUCUUAAAAGCUCCCCCAUUUUCACACCCUUCCUCUCCUCUUCUCUCCUCUCCUCUUACUUUCUUCAUUUCGUGUGAAUCUUAAUCCAACUUCUUCUCUUUAAUCCAAACCCAUUUUUUCUUUUCCUUUUAUCUUUAAAGGGGUUCUUCUCCCUCCUCCCAAUCCAUGGCGGUUCACGCUCAGUUCUACCCUGAAAACCUCGUCUUCCCCUUCGCCGCCAACUCACCAACUGAUUCCCACUCUCAAUUUAGCUUCCAGAAACCGCCGCUCAUUUCCCAACCUGAGUUUUUCUCUGUCUCUAGCGGCGGCGGCGACGGUGCCGAUGUGGCCUCUGUUUUAAACUUCACGAAGAAUCCUCACCGGACGGCUGCCGCAACGGCGGGGUUCUCUCAAUGUGUGAGUGCACAUGUUGAGAAGCAGAGACAGGAGAUCGACCAUUACAUUAGAUUGCAGAAUGAGAGUUUGAGAAUAGCGUUGAGAGAGCAAGGGAAGCAACAAAUUGUAGCAUUAAUGAAGAAAAUCGAAUUGAAAACAGCGAUUCUGUUGAGACAGAAAGAAGAGGAAAUAGCCAAAGCUGCUAAAAAAACAAUGGAACUUGAAAUUUUCUUGAGAAAACUAGAAACAGAGAAUCAACUUUGGCAAAGAAUUGCUCAAGAAAACGAAGCCAUGGCUAUGUCUCUCAACAACACAUUGGAUCAAAUGAGAGAAAAAGUUACCAAUUCCUUCGACGAUGCCGAAUCUUGCUGUGAUAUGAACUCCGCCGACGAACAAAUCCCGGCCAGAAACAGAGGAACCGAGUGUUGCUCCGUUUCAGAACAAGGGCAAAUGAAGAACAAGAAAAUGAUAUGUAGAAGCUGCAAUUUUAGGAAUUCUUCAAUGAUUUUCUUGCCAUGUCGACAUCUUUGUUGUUGUAAAGAUUGUGAAACCGUUCUUGAUUCAUGUCCAGUUUGCCAAACGGGGAAGAAAGCAAGCAUAGAAGCUUUGAUUUUCUAAGGAAAGAAAACAGAAAAAAAAAAAAAAAAAGACACCCAGAAUUUUCUUUUCCGGGAAACUGAGAGAAAAUCAGAUAGAAAAUGAUGAUGAUGAACAGAAAAAAAAAAUUGUCCAUAGAAGAAGCCACUGUUCUUCCAUGUUUGUUUUCUUAUUAUUAUAAUUAUUUUUUUACUGUUUCUUCUGAUUUUGGAUUGGAAAAUUGUACUUUGAAACUACCAAAAUGAAGUGGACAGAUUAUUACAAGACAGAGCAUCUUUUUCUUUUUCCAAA